CCGCGGUGCAUUCUGGGCCCGCAAAGAUGGCGGCGCUCAGCGCGGGACGGGCGGCGGCGGCGGGCCUCCUGCGUGCCCAGAGCCUCGGGCUGUGGCGAGGGCUGGGCAGCUCGGCCGCGCUCCUGCAGCAAGCCCAGGCCAAGUCGCGCAAGGCCGAGGGGACGUUCCAGGUGACGAUGCUGCCGGGGGACGGCGUGGGGCCCGAGCUCAUGCACGCCGUCAAGGAGGUGUUCAAGGCCGGCAAUGUCCCCGUCAUCUUCGACGAGCACCACCUGAGCGAGGUGCAGAACACGGCGUCCGAGGAGAAGCUGGACCGCGUGGUGGAUUCCAUGAAGGAGAGCAAGGUGGCUCUGAUCGGGAAGAUCCACACGCCCAUGGAGAUGUCCCACAAGGGAGACCUGGCGUCCUAUGACAUGAGGCUCAGGAGGAAGCUGGAUCUCUUUGCCAACGUUGUUCACGUCAAGAGCCUCCCUGGGUACCAGACGCGGCACAACAACCUGGACCUGGUGAUCAUCCGCGAGCAGACCGAGGGGGAGUACAGCUCGCUGGAGCACGAGAGCGCCAAGGGCGUCAUCGAGUGCCUCAAGAUCAUCACCAGGGCCAAGUCCCAGCGCAUCGCCAAGUUCGCCUUCGACUACGCCACCAAGAAGGGCCGGGCCAAGGUGACGGCCGUGCACAAGGCCAACAUCAUGAAGCUGGGGGACGGGCUGUUCCUGCAGUGCUGCAAGGAGGUGGCCGAGCUCUACCCCAAGAUCAAAUUCGACACCAUGAUCAUCGACAACUGCUGCAUGCAGCUGGUGCAGAAUCCCUACCAGUUCGACGUCCUGGUGAUGCCCAACCUCUACGGGAACAUCGUGGACAACCUGGCCGCGGGGCUGGUGGGCGGCGCCGGCGUCGUGCCGGGCGAGAGCUACAGCGCCGAGUACGCCGUCUUCGAGCUGGGAGCCCGGCAUCCCUUCGCCCAGGCCGUGGGCAGGAACAUCGCCAACCCCACGGCCAUGCUGCUCUCGGCCUCCAACAUGCUGCGGCACCUCAACCUGGAAUACCACUCCAACAUGAUCUCGGACGCGGUGAAGAAGGUGAUCAAAGGCGGAAAAGUCCGGACUCGGGAUCUGGGCGGUUACUCCACCACUUCCGACUUCGUCAAGUCCGUCAUUGACAACCUGCACCCCCACUACGGGGCGUAGGGCCCCCGGCACUGCCCCGGCCUCCAGCCCCCGUCCCACAGCGGGCAGCGCCCCACGGGGGCUCCCCGGGGUGUUGGGGGGCAUGGGGCAGUGCCCCCGACCCACCGGCAGCUCCUGGGGGCAUUGGGACCAGCCAGCCUUGGGAACCCCAUUCCUGUGGGAUCCCUGAUUGUGGGACCCCAUUCCUGUGGGAUCCCUGUGACCAUGGGACCCCAUUCCUGUGGGAUCCCUGAUUGUGGGACCCCAUUCCUGUGGGAUCCCUGAUUGUGGGACCCCAUUCCUGUGGGAACCCUGUGACCAUGGGACCCCAUUCCUGUGGGAUCCCAUUCCUGUGGGAUCCCUGUGACCAUGGGACCCCAUUCCUGUGGGAACCCUGUGAUUGUGGGAUCCCAUUCCUGUGGGAUCCCUGUGAUUGUGGGAUCCCAUUCCCAUAGGAUCCCCGUGACCGUGGGACCCCAUUCCUGUGGGAUCCCCGUGACUGUGGGAUCCCAUUCCUGUGGGAUCCCUGUGAGCAUGGGACCCCAUUCCCAUAGGAUCCCUGUGACCAUGGGACCCCAUUCCCAUAGGAUCCCCAUGACCCCAUUCCCAUAGGAUCCCCGUGACCGUGGGACCCCAUUCCUGUGGGAUCCCCGUGACUGUGGGACCCCAUUCCUGUGGGAUCCCUGUGAGCAUGGGACCCCAUUCCCAUAGGAUCCCUGUGACCAUGGGACCCCAUUCCCAUAGGAUCCCCAUGACCCCAUUCCCAUAGGAUCCCUGUGACCAUGGGACCCCAUUCCUGUGGGAUCCCUGUGACCGUGGGACCCCAUUCCCAUGGGACCACUGACUAUGGGAUCCCUGUGAUUGUGGGAUCCCUGGUUGUGGGAUCUCCAUUCCCAUGGGAUCCCUGUGACUGUGGGAUCCCCAUUCCCAUAGGUUCUUCAUUCCUGUGGGAUCCCUUGACUGUGGGGUUCUUGUGACUGUGGGACCCCAUUCCCAUGGGACCCCUGACUGGGAUUCCUACUCCUGUGGGUUCCUUGAGACUGUUGGACCAAUGGGAUUUUUGGAUCCCUGUGGAAGCAGGACCUUGGACUGUGGGACCCAGUUUCCAUGGGAUCCCUCAUUGUGGAAUCUCCAUUCCCAUAGGACCCCAUUCCCAUGGGACCCCAGGCUAUGGAAUCCCUACUCCUAUGGGUUCCUUGAGACUGUGGGACCAAUGGGAUUGUGGGAUCCACAUUCCUAUAGGACACCUGACUAUGGGAUCCCUGUUUCUAUCGGGUUCUUGUGACUGUUGGACCAACGGGAUUUUUGGAUCCCUGUGGAAAUAGGACCUUGGACAGGGAACCCAUUCCCGUGGAAUUCCUGACUAUGGGAUCCCCAUUCCCAUGGGACACCUGACUAUGGGAUCGCUAUUCCUAUGGGGUCCUUGUGACUGUGGGACCAAUGGGAUUGUGGGAUCGCCAUUCCUAUGGGAUCCCUGAUUGUGGGAUCCCCAUUCCCAUGGGACCAGUUGUGUUUGUGGGGUUUCGCACGGGACCUCCGUUUCCAUGGGAUCCUCACCAACUGUGGUGCCCCCAUUCCCGCGGGACCAGCGAUUGUGGGAUCCCCCCAUGCCCCCGUUAUCCCACCCCAUUAUCCCGCUUCCAGCAAUAACCAGGGCGCCAUCCCACCCUCCGGCAGCUCCUGGCACAGGGACAGUUCCGGGCACGGGGUGACCUUGGCACACUCCAGACUGGGACGGGGUGGGGGCUGCGCCCCGCACCCCCCAAUCCAUGGGAAUUUGGGCAUUCCGGGGCUCUGAGCCACACCCGGGGAAGGGAGGGGCUCGAUCCCGUAACCCCGGUGCCAUCGCGUCGUGCUGUAUUGCCGCUUUGCUAAUAAAGGGUUAACGCUUC